CUCUCUGCUCUCCGACCGUCCAGCAGCUCAGCUCCUUCCUCCUCCUCUUCUUCUUCUUCUGCGUUCCUCGUCUUCUUCAUCCUCCAGCCGCCGACGUCAGUGGAAGCUUUUUAUCCGCUCUGAUAUUCAGGUUAAUCUGAUUAUGACGAUCUUCUCUGAGACACCUCUCUGUCAAUGACGGCCAAGAUGGAGACGCCUUUCUACCACGACGACUCCCCCGCUGUCCCCGGCUUCAGCCAGAUCGCCGAAUACGAGCGCUACUCCGGGAACAAGAUGCUGAUGAGCAAGAAGGCCAUGUCAAUCGGGGGCGGUCAUCACUUCUCUGGAGGUGGGGCUUCAUCAGGAGGGAGAAGCGGGAACCACAAUAACUUAGGGCUGGGUGGAAACGGCUCCCUGAUGACAUCAGCGGCGUCCACGGCGGACAUGAACCUGCUGAAGCUGUCGUCUCCAGAUCUGGAGCACCUCAUCAUCCAGUCCAAUCAGGGCCUGGUCACCACCAGCCCUGUGUCCAACUCCAACAACCCCUUCAUCUACCGCAACCAGGCCACCAACGAGCAAGAAGGAUUCGCCGACGGCUUCGUCAAAGCACUGGCCGACCUUCACAAGCAGAACCAGCUGGUUGGGGGCAGCGCCAUGUCCCCACCGCCCUCCUCCACCGUCUCCUUGCAGGCAUCCUAUCAGAGGAACCUGAUGGCCGGCGGCGACAUGCCCGUCUACACCAAUCUGGGCAGCUACAACCCAGCUCAGAUGGCGUACUCCGGAGCGCAGAUGGGUUACGGUAGCAGCUCGAGCCAUGGCGGCAGUGGAGCCGCUCAAGCCCACACUCGAGGCCUGGACGCCCCUCAGACAGUCCCUGAGGUCCCUCAUCCUCCAGGUGACCCCACAUCCCCACCCUCUCUGUCCCCCAUCGACCUGGAGACUCAGGAGCGCAUCAAAGCAGAGCGCAAGAAGCUCCGCAACCGCAUCGCUGCGUCCAAGUGUCGAAAGAGGAAGCUGGAGCGGAUCUCGCGGCUUGAGGAGAAGGUGAAGGUCCUGAAGAAUCAGAACUCGGACCUGGCAUCCACUGCCGCCAUGCUGCGAGAGCAGGUCGCUCAGCUCAAACAGAAGGUCAUGAGCCAUGUCACCAAUGGCUGCCAGAUCACGGUCGGGUCAAACGCCGUCACCAAGCCUGGAGGAGGAGGCAGCGAGGACUCCAGCUGCUGAGGAGGCAGGGCGACUUUACGACGAGGACUUGGAAGUAAUGAGUCGCUACUCAAAGAUUUCGACGUUUCACUCACGCUCACAGUCAGAUGAGCAGAGAGGAAGACGUCUGCGGUGCCUGAACAGGACGAGAGGAAUUUAACGGAUUUUUGUUGCCCUGUAAAAAGCUGUCUUCAUGCAGCUGGAGGGGGCGGAGCAAAGAGGAGGGAAAGAUGGAUUCAUCCCUAAUAAGGGCAAAUUUAAAGCUUUGGAUAAUUAUGAAUUAUGACUUUUCUUCAUUGUGAAAGUCCGUCGGCUUUGACGUGCACAGACUGGGAUGACACUUUAGAUGACUGGUGCAAUAAUUUCACUGACUUCUUAUUUUUAAAAACAUAACCUAAGAGGGAAAAAAGCUGCAGGAAACUGUGGAAAUAAGUCAACUUAAAAUGUACCAACAUGGUUUAAAUAAAUAAAACAUAAAAUGAACAUUUAUACAGUUUAAUGUUUAUAAUUUUUGAAAAGAAACAAGAAAAGACUGAUCUAAAAUUACAGAAGUGAUUUAUUUAUCAGUGUCACAUCAGCGACUCAUGUUGAAAGCUGAAUUUCCUUGUCAUAUUUUCCUUCUAGGGUUGUACAUUUCAUGGAAAACUACUCCUGUCAAAAAUUGGAAGAAAUUUUAGGGAUCCUAAGUGGAGGACUGGGAUGCACAUCUGCUUUUGUUAGCUUGAUGCAAACACACAAUGAAAACUGCAUUAAGGAGCUAACAGAUUUAGCACUGCUUUGCUCUUAUUUUAACUAAAAAAUCGAUCUGUUUACCUCAGCAUCACUGGGUUAAUUAGAUCAGUGGUCUCUAAAGUGGGGUCGGGAACCGCAGGACACUAACAGGGGGUCGCAGAAUGGUUUCCAAAACAAAGAGAAAUUUAAAAUGAUGUAAAGUGGUAUAUUUACCCAUUAUUGAAAAACAUAACCUUAAUACUAGUGAGAUUUGUGCUUAAAUGAAAUUAAAACACCUUAAAAUAUCCAUUUCUACAUGAUCGUCAGCUUGAUGGCUCUUAUUUUGGGGGCUGAAAAGUUUGUGAGCCUUCAUUUGACUGAUCGUUAAUUUAGAAAUGUUCAGUUAAAUAGUGUCUGAAUUGAGAGAAGUGAAGUCAGCUUUUUAGCACAUCACAGUUGCAUCAUCGGACUUUACCGCUUUCUUCUUCUUUUGUUUUGUAAUGAUCUUUUGCAAACAGCUUUCUGAAAGCCACCGUGUGGUGGUAGAGCUGCAUUACAACCAGGCAAACUCUUCGAUUUUUAUAAAUCAAGGACUGUUCAGUUAUUCAAGAACACUUGCCCAUCAUUAUUUCUCGUGAGUGUUGAAAAACAUCCUUUUUACUGCAAAAUUUCUAAGUCCCUGAAUGUCUCACUCGUGGUGCAGCAGUUUUCUUGUAAUCUGGUACUUGUAGUUUUUUACAUGUCCGUAUCUAAAGCCACAUUUACACAAUAAUCUCACAACUGGUUGUUUUAUUUAAUAAAUAAUAGCGUAGAAAGAUGGAAGGUUUUGAGAAAUGGUUCCAGGGUAACCUUACAAAGCAGAUUUGCCAGACUCUAUCUCUGUCGUCAGGUAAAUCCAUCUUUAAAGCUCCAAUCUACAAUGUCUGAAUACCAAUCAGCAUCAUUUAAGGAGAAAGAGGUGGUAGUUGUGGGCGGGGCUUAGUUGGAUUUUUAAUGGUUGCCUCCCGUGCAGUGAUUAGCUUGGAUGUAGCUUUAGCAUAGCGUCAGGUUUACCAGAACUGGACGUUUCUGCAUAAAUUAGGGGGUUAAAACAACACUAAAAGGUUUACAUAAUGGCAGUGAUUUUUUUAAAACUUUUUUUUGGUACUGCUGGAAGUGAAAAACCUUUAAAUAAAAGGGUCCGAAAGUCCACAAUUGUGUUUUUUAAAUACUGGCAGACGAUUUUGGGAUUUCACCAGAAACAUCAGAGGAAAGAAAUGCAGGAUUCGAUUUCUAAGAACGUUGUGCUCAAAAAGUUUGAUUUUUAUUAUGCAUUUGAACAAAGUCUUGAUGCAGAGAAGGAUCUAAUUUAAUUCAAUAGUAUUUUUUUUAAAUAUCCACCUUGUAAUGACUGCUGUCGAAUUGAGUGUUCAUAGCUUCACUGACAAUAAUUUGUGAAAUUUAGAUAUGAAUUAGUAAUAUUUAUUAAUAUGAAAAAUGUUAUGACAAAAUUAUAUAAAUUUCUACUUUUUGUUUCUGAUUAGGUUUGUAUUUUUGCAGGUUUUUAAAGAAUCCCAUUUUUUCCAAGGACUGAAAAAAUGCAAAUGUCUGGAAGGAAUCUGAAUUUGACCUCGUGUUCACACAAUGUUGCAGCUGUUUAAUGACUUUAUAAGAUGUGGUUUUUAUCUGCUAUACUUUUGUCAUCGUCACAGACGAAAACAGUUUUACUACCCGUACUGGCAUGCCUCUUUCCUGUCAACAGGCGUGAUCCAGCCUCGCUGGUCGCUCAUUGUCUGAACUGAGUCGUUCCAAUCCAACUGGAACGCCACACGGUUUAAAUAUUAUGUCACUGUUUCUGUAAGAGCAUGGUCAUGACAAAAAAAGGGAGAAAAACUGUUAAAAAGGUCCUGCUAGCCUUUAAGCUUUGCUAAUUUGCCCCCAUUCUUUAUAUUAUAUACUGCACAAAGCAUGCUGGGAUACGUAGCCAUUAGCUAAGAUGUUAGCAGUGAAUCUUCUACACACAACUUUACUCCAAUCUCUUCAAAAUUGUGCCAAAACAUUUCUAAAGGUUGCUAUCAGCCCUGCCAGUCCACCAUUCUUGUUUACAUGGAGCGUUAUAGCAGCAUGGCAGUAACCAUUAACCAGAACUACAGCGGCUACUAGUGGUGGGAGGCAGCGUUACAGUAAAGACAGAGGGUCUGGCUGUGAUUGUGGGCCAAAACUGAUAAAAAUAUUUGACUUUACUCCUUUAGCCGGCACGCUCCUGCUUAUAACGGCCAGUUAAAUUGAUUUAACAUGUAAACUGGCUAAAAGGAGACUUUUAACAACACUGUUGGCCAUCAGCUAUGAAAUAUUUAUCAUUUUUUAACUUGAAUGAGGCUUUUAAUGUCUCUGAAGUCUAUUUUUGUAAAAAUGUAAAACUGUUGUUGAUUUCCUGAGAUGAAGUGUGUAUGUUUAUGCUGUUUGAUUCAGUCAAACACAUAAUGUCCUAUUUAUU